GAGAGAGAGAGAGAGAGAGAGAGAGAGGUGCAAGCACAAGUCCAGAGCCGCGUGUCACACAAUAGCAGGCGCACGGAGCGCGUGAGAGAGUGUGUGUGUGUGUGUGUGUGUGCGCGCGCUCGCGGGACCGGACCGUUACCGGACAGAGGAGACGUUUAAAACCCGAGGAGUACUGAAUGUGUUGCGCGAGGAUACGCGCGCUCUGUGUGUGUGUGUGUGUGUGUGUGUGUGUGUGUGUGUGACCUGCCCGUGAGGAUAUGAGGCUCCCCGACAGCAGGACAGCGCGAGACGCACCGCAUCAUGACCGGAGAAGCGCGCGUGAAGUUUAGAGCCUUCGGGAAACUGCUGCUGUUUCUCCCUUUUUUGUGUAAUAAUCGCAGUUAACUUUGUGGGAUCAGAGCGACUGUUUAUGAGCUGUGUGUCUGGAACAUGGAUGUAAUAAACCGGCUGUAACGCCGCUGUGCGCGCGCACCGGAUUGUGUAAGGAGUCUGUGCACAAAGUGGGGAAACUUUUCGUCUCCAACAGCAGCACCGCAGUGACCGGAUGGUAUCAUCAUCAUCAUCAUCAUCAUCAUCAUCACCAGAGCGGGUUUAGCUGUGUGUGUGUGUGUGUGUGUGUGUGUGUGUGUGUGUGUAAAGAUGGACGGUGGUGUGUGUAGUUGGUCAGUCCCGCUGUGGAUCCUCACCGUGCUGCUCAGGGUCACUGUGCUGCAGGCCAAAGCGCUCGAGUCCGUCAUCUGGAGCUCUCAAAACUCUAAGUUUGUCCCAGGUAAAGGCCUGGUGCUGUACCCAGAGAUUGGGGACCGGUUGGACAUCGUGUGCCCACGAGCGUCCCCCGGUGGUGUGUAUGAGUACUACAGGCUGUAUCUGGUGAGUGGAGAGCAGGCGGAGUCGUGCAGCACCAUCCUGAACCCCAACAUCCUCGUCACCUGUAACAAACCUGACAAGGACAUCAAGUUCACCAUCAAGUUUCAGGAGUUCAGUCCAAAUUACAUGGGGCUGGAGUUCAGACGCCACCAAGACUAUUACAUCAUCACCACCUCUGAUGGGACGCUGGAGGGUUUGGAGAUGAGAGAAGGAGGAGCGUGCAGGAACAGAGAUAUGAAGAUCAUUAUGAAAGUGGGGCAAGAUCCGAAUGCUCCUGAUCCGGUCCACACAGAGCCUCCUGACAGAAAUGAUGACAAUGAGAUCAAAACCCCGACAAACAAACCGGACAGAAAGAGAGACAGAGACAAAGACAGAGAGGCAGGGAGCGGAGAGAGAGAAAACUCAAUACCUGGAAACACAGACUCGAGGAACUCGGACUCGUUGGAGGGGAUAUUCGGUUCUAAGCCUGCUCUCUUUGCCUCCAUUGCUGCCGGAUGUUUGCUGUUUGUCCUCAUCAUCAUCCUCCUCAUCGUGCUGCUGCUCAAACUGCGUAAGAGGACACGCAAACCGAGGGGCGGAGCCUCGCUGUCGCUUAGUACGCUGGCUGCUCCCAAGUGCUCCGCCCAGUCCGGUUCAGAGCCUAGUGACAUCAUCAUCCCGCUGCGGCCCACUGAGGGCGGGUUCUGCUCACACUACGAGAAAGUGAGCGGUGACUACGGCCACCCUGUCUACAUCGUACAGGAAAUGGGUCCUCAGAGUCCCGCCAACAUCUACUACAAAGUCUGAGAGACAGACUGGUGUGGAGACAGACAGACAGACAGACAGACAGACAGACAGACAGAGAGAGAGAAAGAGAGAUGAAGUGACAGACCUCAGUAAUUAAAUUCGCUCUCUCUCAUCCUGCUUCCCAAAGUCUGUAUCUCUCUGUCUAUCAUCUGAACUAAAACAGGAAGCAGGAAGUGAGGAAACAGGAAGUAGAUAUUGAGGUGUGGACUUCAUUAAAGAAGGGCCUCUAUCCAAUCACAGAGAGAUGUGGUGUGAUGACAAAACAGGAUGUGAUUUUUCUGAAUCAGGAAAUACUCAGUACUCCAGACUCAGGCAUGAGGUUACAGCCAAUCACAGACCAGCUGAGCGAUGACAUCACAAAGCAGGAGAUGAUUUCCUCAUUUUAUUGGUUGCUUUUAGUUUUUUAUUUUAAUCACCACUAUCCAUUUGUUUACUGAACUGCUGAACCACACACACACAGAUACACACACACACACACACACACACACACACACACAGAGUGUUGAAGGAUGGCGUUAAUUAAAAUCGAGCAGGAAUAAACACACACUUUGCUCACAUUACAGAACGUGUGUGUGUGUGUGUGUGUGUGUGUGUGUGUGUGUGUGUCUUAUCACCCUUUUACAAUUUACAAUACAGCACAUUUGCCACCAAUUUUUGAUCGUAUCAACAUCAAAUAAACAGAGACCCAGAGAGAGAGAGAGAGAGAGAGAGAGAGAGAGAGAGAAACACUUCUUUAUUAAUUAGGAGAAAUGAAUGGAAAGAAAUGCAUCUCUUUCUCUCUCUGUGUUAAUAAAUGUGCCUUAAAGGUUCUCUGUGUUUGUGAAAUGAAGCUCUUCUACACUAGUGUUCCACACAGACCCUUACACUCUACACACACACACACACACACAACCUUCAUAAUGUCUCCUGGCCCCUUCUCAGAACCCUCAAACAGAGUAGAACUUUACAGCAAGGUCUGGAUCAGAACCUUCUGAGGAGAACUCACAAUGUUACACUGAACCUCCAACUAAAAGUAACAAAGUUAAAUGGAUAGGCCACACCCCUCUGUAACACACACACACACACACACACAGCUGUUUUUGUUUGUUUUUCCUUACACACUUUGGUGUUCAGUAUUUUAACUAUGUUAUAAAAUGUCAUCUUUUCUACAGGAUUGUUAUGUUGUUACGUUACGAUGUUAAAUGAUGAUGUUAAACCCCACAGGAUGAUUUAUAUUGAAACACUUACACACUAUUCUCUCUCAUACACAUACACACACAACACAUUAACAGUGUAAACACACACACACACACACACACACACACACACACACACACACACACACUCUCUCUCUUUGACAUGUGCAAUAUUCAGUACUUUAAAACUCAGUGUUUAGUCAACUGUUUAUAUUAUUACUCUCAUCCUAACACUAAUGCUAACAUGCUAACACCCGAUACAUCUGUGGUCCUCCAUAUUAGAGCUCUGUUUCUGCUCUAAAGUGCAUUAAUCCUCGCCCUGCCCCCGCCCUGCCCCUGCCCCUGCCUCUGCCUCGACUCGCCCCCGUCACAUUACCAAAGGAAAAGAUCCAGCUAGCAGAUCGACGCCAUCAAAUAGAUCAAAUCACAGAUCAAAGUCCAUAAAUAGAUCAAAUCAAACAGAACAAAAUCAUCCAAUCAGAUGAAAUGAGAGCCAGAGCUUCAGUGGCUGUGUUAGCAGGACAGACAGGUGUGUGUUAGUGCAGAGUGAGCUGAUGAUCUGCUGCUGUCAUCAGUGUGGAUGUGUAUCAGUGUAAACACAGUGAUGUCAUCAGAGCUCUAAUACGGAGUGUCUGGAGCGGGAAAAGUCUACGUUUUUGUUUCCCAGUAAUAUUUUCAGCUCUUUACUUCCUGUUUGAGUCGGUGUUUGUUAGAGCAAAAAUACAUUCUGUAAAUAAAGUUUUUUAGAUUAAAAACCUUUGAGUUGACCGGCGCGACGUGCCUGAGAGCACGACCACACACCACUCACAACUUUAUACUGUGUAUAUAGAGGAUUUUUGGAAAUGAUGUUUUGUAUGGUGCAACUUGACUUUGGAGCUGAGAAAACAAACACACACACACACAAAACACACACAUACACACAAAAUUUCCUUUCAGAUGUGGUCCAUUAGCUCACAUUAUCAUGUAUUUAUAUAUAUUUUUAUGUGUUUGAAUUGGAAAGAAACACACACACACACACACACACACACACACACACGAUCCAAAUCCAGAAAACCUGCUGAAACUAAUGAGCUUAAUGAGCUACCAGAAUAAAGUGAACACAGGUUUGUUUAUACAGCGUAUUAAACACACACACACACACACACACACACACACACACACACACACACCUGGAUGUUUUACAUGUUUAGCAUCGUUAUUAUUCUGUUAGAUUUUCAGUGUUUUAUGAUUUUUGAUGUCAAUGUUUCACAAUGAUGAUGAUGGACAGAUUUUGUUCCACACUCUUUUCCUCACUCUGUCAUUUUCCAUUUGACUCCGCCCCUUCUAUGGAAACCCCGCCCCCUCUUAAUGCAUACUGACCAAUAAAGUUUUUCCUAUGGA